ACCCCCAACAAGGGGGAAUCCCGCUGGAACCGACGGUUCCACAUCCCUCCUCCAGGGGACGCCUUCUGGCAGUCCCUCGCGGCAGCCCAUUUCCUGCUCCAGACGAUGCACGAGUGCCAUUUCUUCAACGGGACGCAGCGGGUGCGGUUCCUGGCCAGGCACUUCUACGACCGGCAGGAGAUGGACUACUUUGACAGCGACCUCGGGAAAUACGUGGCCGUAACUCCGUUGGCGCAGCCCAUUGUGGACUCCAAACCCACCGUCUCCAUCUCCCCCACCAAGCUGGACCCCGCUUCCCCCAACACCAUCCUCCUUUGCACCGCGAGGGGCUUCUACCCUGUGGAGAUCAAGGUCCGGUGGCUGAAGAACGGGUGGCUGGAGGAGGAGGGCGUGGCCUUUGGGGAGGAGCUCCAGAAUGGAGACUGGACCUACCAGCUCCAGGUGAUGCUGGAGACCCAGCCCCAGUGGGGGGACGUCUACACCUGCCAGGUGGAGCACGCCAGCCUGGAGGCCCCGAUCACCGUCCAAUGGGAGCCCCGAUCCUCCAAUUCUGCCAGGAGCAAACUCUGGACGGGGAUUGUGGCAGCCAUGAUCGGGGUGAUCUUCUUUGCCAUGGGGCUCUCCCUCUACCUGAAGAGCAAGAAAGGUGAGUCUUCCAAUUCACUUGAAUACCUAUAUGCCAAACCUGUCAUGAAGUUACAGGCUAUAAAUAAAUGUCUGCUACUGGAAAUUCCUCACCAGAAGUCAGAGUCUGUUCAGCACCUUGGCCCAGAGAAGCUGGAACUGGAGGCUGUGAGAGAGGAAGCCAUGAAGAAGAUGGAACUUGAUCUGAAGCUGAAAUGA